AUAUACAUUGUAAUGUUUACCGAUUUAGUUUAAAAAUCUUUUAUUUAAAAUGAGAGAUCUAGAAGCCUGUAGGUGUUGUUUAAAUAUAACCAGCAAGUUAAAGAAAAUUAGUGAUGCUCAUAGAAGAAUUUAUACAGCUCUUAGCGGUAUCGAGAUAUCCCCAGGAGAUGGAUACCCAAACUAUCUGUGCAUGGAAUGCCACACCCAAAUUAGGAAAGCCAUUCACUUUAGGAGAAAAGUCCGAAGAGCUCAUUUUGUCAUGAAAGAAAUUAUAUUGGUGAAGAAAGAUCUAAAUUUAUUAGACAUAAACAAAGUGGAUAGGAAAAAAACAAAUUUAAUAUCUAAUAUAAAUAUGAGUGUGACAGACAGACAUUUCUAUUACACUAUGAAUGAGGAAGAAGACGAUAAAGCUAUGAAACAAGAGAUGUUUGAUUUGAAUGGCAAUAUUUUUAAGUUUGGAAUCCAAUCUGAAACCAUAGACAUGGAGGAUCCAUCUCAAGUUGCUAUUGACAAGGAUGUAGAAGUAGAACUUGAUGUUAAUGUAGAGAAUGCUGUAAGAGAAGAGAAUUCUGUAAGAGAAGAGAAUUGUGUAAGAGAAGAGGAAUUGCUUAAUAUUGAUUUGGAAGAUGUUUUUAAAGAUCUUAAAGAAGAGGAAUUACAAUCAGAAGAGAGUGAAGAGGAACUAGAGAGAGUAGAAGAACCAGAGGCAACAUCAGUGCUGAUAUCUGGCGAGAGCGACGGCAAAUAUUUCAAUAAAUCGCCAACUGAGGGAGCCAGGAUCCUAUGUAAUUUUAAUGUUAGAGCACUAACGUUGGAUGAACAGAAAGCUGCCUUCAACAUAAGAUUGAACUCCGAUGUGUUCAAGAAUGCAGUGUACAAAUGCGGAUUAUGCAUUGGAAGCUUUAGUACACCGGAUGUUUUUAUAAAACAUGUGCUGUACCAUCAAAAGUCGCUGGCGUACAGUUACAUGUGUGAAAUCUGCAAACUGUGUUUCAAGACUGAGAUAGAGAAGGAGACGCACAGCAUCUCUGUACAUAUGUAUGAGUAUGAGUGCAAGAGAUGCAAUGAGAAGAUAUACGGAACAAAUACACCCGUGCGAAGCUGGGGCCGGUACCUAGUAUAUAUUUUUAAUUACUUCAGAACUUCAGCGGCAAUACACAAACAUAAAACUGGAAAUAAACUUACGGACAGUAAUUUGAGAGACAAAUUCUUAAUUGUACGAGUAAGUGUUGAGAAUAUGUACAAAAAGGCACUACCUGUGAAAUCCCUGGACAAAGGACGUCGCAGAUAUUCGAAGAAAAACAAAAGUAAAUGUCAGCCAUUGAUGACAUGUGACAUUUGUGGCGAGAUGUUUGUGACGAAGCACAGCAUGAGUAAUCAUAUGCUGGUGAAUCAUUUGUUUUCAUACAAAUGUAGACAAUGCAACCAAGUGUUUUAUAGGAGGAAGGCUGCCUGGAAACAUACAGCAGAUCACGGUCCGAAUAGUGUUAAGAAUGAAAAGAUUAUGAUAUGCCAGUAUUGUCCUAGGAAAGUCACGAAAUACAGUAUAGUCUUCCACAUAAAAAAAUAUCACUAUUCACAAUUCUAUAACCGACACUGUCCCACCUGUGGUAUGUCGUAUUCCUCACCAUGGAGAUUGUACCACCAUCAAUUAUCGGCGCAUCGAUACGUGAUAUUGAGUAAAACUCCCCAUAUGGAGUUUUCAUGCACAGACUGUGACAUACAGUUUGAAUCGAAGGAGGCCUUACAACUGCACCAAGUGAGAAACCAACACGAACAGGCAAAAGAUAUAUUACACGCGUGUAUCCAUUGUAGAAAAAUAUACGAGGGCGCAACAGAGUAUAAUGAGCACGAACGGACAUGCAAGAUUGCGUACCAGUUCCCCAUGAAUUGUCCAUAUUGUGGUGAGAUUAUGUUGAAUACCCGAUAUUACUUAAACCAUUGUAAGAAAGUCCACCCAACACUGGACGAGACGAAGGGUCGCAGUAAGCUGUGCGAACUCUGCGGCGAGACGUGCCUUCUAACGUCCUGGCAGGCUCAUAAACGGAAGCAUGCCUUCAUGAAGAUCCCGUGCAACGUAUGCGGCGUACAGUUAAUUUCGACGCAGGCUCUAUUCAUGCACCACGUGGCCCGUCAUAGCAGAAAACCAUACCACUGCACGCUCUGCCCUUUGCGAUUCCAAUUGAGGGCAGACUGCAAGGACCAUAUACUGAAGGGUCACGCUCCAGAGAUGCCUUUCAAAUGUGACAUAUGCGACAAAAACUUCGUCCAUACAGAUUUCCUAAAAGAACACAUAAGCAAUAUGCAUAACGUUGAAAAAACUACCCUAACACAUUUAACACCAAAGAAAAUCAAGGGUAUACCUUAUAUUUACCCGUACAUGAAGCUAAAUGUUAGCAAAAUCGAUAAACAACUGGUUAACGAGACAGCAAUGUAUAUAUACGAUUUCAAUAAUCGUAGAAUUAAAAAAAUUACGAAUAAUGAUGAUCACUUAAUAACAGAUCACAUUGAUGAUGGUGAUGAUGAAGAUGUAAAACCUAAAAGGAAACGCAAAGCGGGAAAGAAGGAAGUUAAUGAGUUUGGAGAUUUACUAAUUAAUGAAAUAGUCGAAGAUAAAGAGACAACAACAAGGAAACGGAAUAAAGCUAAGAAUAAUGUUAACGAUUGCGGGGAACUAGUAGUCGGUGAUACUGUUAUAAAGAAGGUGAAUAAAAGAAAAAGAAAGAGUGAUUUAGAAGACGAUACUGUUAAAAUAAAGAGUGAGGCCGUAGCAAAUGAGUCAUUAAUCGGCAGUGAUGUAAAUAGUGAACUGUAUUAUGAUAAUCAUGAUGAGGAAAUUAAUGAGUUGGAGGUAUAUGAAGAAACGGUGGUGAUAGGCGAUGACAAGUUCCCAGUGACGGAGAUUGACGGUGAACAGUUUGUCACCAUUAACGAUAUUUUGUAUAAAAUAGAGAGGAGUGACGUAUAAUAUAAAAGAAGAGAAGCAAAAGAAGUAAAAAUGAAGAAUAAAGUUAUAUCAAAAGAUAAAAGAGAGAAAAUAAAAAUGAAGGUUAACCUUACAUAGUAUAAAAUGAAGUCGUUUCUGCUGGCAGUUCACUUAGAGCUUUUAAACUAUGCAACGGAUUUUAAUGUAGUUUACAGCAAUAGAUAGAGUGAUUCAAGAGGAAGGUUUAUAUGUAUAAUACAUGUACACCCGUGCGAAGUCGGGGCGGGUAGCCAGUUUAAUAUAAAAUGAUAAUGAAGAGGUCUGAUAAUACAGCAAGAGUUGUGUUACAUUUGA